CGUCCCGCUCCGAGUUCGCUCUCCAUCACUGCUGGCAAGUGUCUGCAGAACGGAGCGCGAAGGUCUCAGCGCUCAGGGCAGCUGCACCAUCCGCACCUGCGGCGACCUCCCGCCCCGCACCUGGUGCGGCUCGGUUGCGGCGCCCGCUGUCCUCCAGGGCAUGGCGCGCGUGAAGACGGGGUUUCGCAGCUGCAAGGACCGCCUGUGAGUCGGCGAGCAGAGGACCGAGUGGGAGCGCGACCGCGCGCACGAUGCUUGUCCGGGCGGAGGCGAAAGCCGCUUGGCGCGCGGUGGCCCUGGCUCUGCUGCUGCUCCCCGCUGUGCCUGCAGCCGCUCCGCCUGGACCCCCGCGCCCGCUGCAGCCGAGCAUGCCCCAUGUGUGUGCCGAGCAGAAGCUGACCCUGGUGGGCCACCGUCAGCCCUGUGUGCAAGCCUUCAGCCGCAUAGUGCCUGUGUGGAGAUCAGGCUGUGGGCAGCAGGCAUGGUGUGUUGGCCAAGAGCGCAGGACUGUCUACUAUAUGAGCUAUAGGCAAGUGUAUGCCACGGAGGCCCGCACUGUGUUCAGGUGCUGCCCAGGGUGGAGGCAGAAGCCUGGCCAGGAGGGCUGCCUCUCAGAUGUAGACGAGUGUGCCAGUGCCAAUGGGGGCUGUGAAGGCCCCUGCUGCAACACUGUGGGCGGUUUUUACUGCCGCUGCCCACCUGGCUACCAGCUGCAGGGGGAUGGCAAAGCCUGCCAAGAUGUGGACGAGUGUCGUGCACACAAUGGUGGUUGCCAACACAGGUGUGUGAAUACCCCUGGCUCUUACCUCUGUGAGUGCAAACCUGGCUUCCGGCUCCACACAGAUGGCAGGACCUGCCUAGCCAUCAGCUCUUGCACUCUGGGAAAUGGUGGCUGCCAGCAUCAGUGUGUCCAGCUCACAGUGACACAGCACCGCUGCCAGUGCCGGCCCCAGUACCAGCUGCAGGAGGAUGGCAGGCGUUGUGUGCGGAGAAGCCCGUGUGCAGAUGGCAAUGGUGGCUGCAUGCACGUAUGCCAGGAGCUCCGAGGCCUUGCCCACUGUGGCUGCCACACAGGUUACCAGCUUGCUGCAGACCGCAAGGCCUGUGAAGAUGUGGAUGAAUGUGCCGUGGGGCUGGCCCAGUGUGCUCACGGCUGCCUCAACACUCAGGGAUCCUUUAAAUGCGUGUGCCACGCAGGCUAUGAGCUGGGUGCUGAUGGCCGGCAGUGCUACCGGAUUGAGAUGGAGAUUGUGAACAGCUGCGAGGCUGGCAAUGGCGGCUGCUCACAUGGUUGCAGUCACACUAACGGACCCCUGUGUACCUGCCCUCAUGGUUACGAGCUGGAUGAAGACCAGAAGACCUGCAUUGGUGCGAGCCAGUUCCUUCCAGGGUGCCCUGCCCCUGCAGCCCCAGGACUCGAUGAUAUACCCAGUUUGGGGCUUAUUUGGUGCUGUGACUGGGAAGUUUUCUCUCUCUGCUGCUCUGACUGCCCGGGCUCAGCAGGAGCUGCAGGAGAGCUGAUGAGAGUGGGCAGCUCAACUCGAAAGGAUUCUGAGCACUUGCCUUGGCCGCCAUUGGGUGUGCAUGUGCUGUGUGUGUGUGUGGGCCAGGUUGGUGGGUGCAGGACAGGCCUGGGCUCGGGCAUCAUAAAACCAGCCCUGAUAAGAUUCCGACUUGAAAGUCAGGUUGGGCUUUGGCGAUGUGUGGGAACUUAUAGAACUCCAAAGCUCUCUGCUGGCCGGGCACUGAGGCUGGCUUCUCCUCUCUGGACCUCAGCCUGCCCCCCUGGCCUGUACGGCGAGAACUGUCAGCAUUCCUGUCUUUGCCGAAAUGGAGGGAGCUGUGACCCCGUCUUGGGCCAGUGCACGUGCCCAGAGGGCUGGACCGGCUUGGCCUGUGAGAAAGAGUGCCUUCCUGGACACUACGGAGCUGGCUGUCAGCUUAGCUGCAAUUGCCUUAAUGGGGGCAUGUGCGACCCGCUCACGGGCCACUGCCUCUGCCCAGCUGGCUGGACGGGGGACAAGUGUCAGAGCCCCUGUGCCAAGGGCCUGUUUGGGGUUCACUGUGAGGAGCACUGUACCUGCCGGAGAGGUGCCACCUGCCACCAUGUCACGGGGGCCUGCCUCUGUCCCCCAGGAUGGAGGGGCUCACACUGCGAGGACGCCUGUCCAUAUGGCUGGUUUGGAGAGGCCUGUGCCCAGCGUUGCCACUGCCCUCCUGGUGCCUCCUGCCACCAUGUUACUGGGGAGUGCCAUUGUCCACCUGGCUUCACUGGACCUGGCUGUGAGCAGGCCUGCCAGCCUGGCACCUUUGGAAAGGACUGUGGGCACCCAUGCCAAUGUCCUGGUGAGACCUGGGCCUGCCACCCUGCUUCAGGGGCCUGCGUAUGUGCUGCGGGUUACCAUGGCACUGACUGUCGGCAACGAUGUCCUCCUGGACGCUAUGGGCCAGGCUGUGCACAAGUUUGUAAGUGUCUCAAUGGUGGUUCCUGCGAUACAGCCACGGGAGCCUGCCACUGCCCUGCCGGGUUCCUUGGGGCCGACUGCAGCCUUGCCUGUCCACAGGGUCGCUUCGGCCCCAAUUGUGCCCAUGUGUGUGCAUGCGGGCAAGGGGCGGCCUGUGACCCUGCGUCAGGGACUUGCGUCUGUUCUCCUGGGAAGACUGGAGUCCACUGUGAACAUGGGUGUCCCCAGGGUCGGUUUGGCAAGGACUGUGAGCUCAAGUGUGCCUGCAGAAAUGGGGGCCUGUGUGAUGUCACUAACGGCAGCUGUUCCUGUCCCCUGGGCUGGAUGGGGCCACACUGCGAGCAGGCCUGUCCUGCUGGGCGCUACGGAGCUGCCUGCCUUCUGGGGUGUUCCUGUCAGAACAAUGGUACCUGUGAGCCCACUACGGGUGCUUGCCACUGUGGCCCUGGCUUCUAUGGUCAAGCUUGUGAGCACUCCUGCCCUGCUGGCUUCUAUGGAUCUGGUUGCCAGGGCGUCUGUGAGUGUCAACAGGGAGCCCCCUGCGACCCUGUCAGUGGCCAGUGCCUCUGCCCUGCCGGCUUCCAUGGCCAGUUCUGUGAGAGGGGGUGCAAGCCAGGCUUUUUUGGAGAGGGCUGCCGGCAGCGGUGUAACUGCAACAAAGGUGUACCCUGCGAUGCCAUCAGCGGCCUCUGCCUUUGCCCACCAGGGCGCACAGGAGCUACAUGUGACCAGGAGUGCAGAAGGGGCCGCUUUGGGCCUGGCUGUGCCCUGCACUGUGGCUGUGAGGGUGGGGCUGACUGUGACCCCAUCAGUGGGCAGUGCCGUUGCGUGGACAACUACACAGGGCCCACUUGCCAGGAAGUGGCUACACAGCCAUCCUCCAGCAGACCAGCACCCCAGCAGCCCAGCAGCAGGGCCAUGAGGCACUAGUUCAUGGAAUCCCCACAGAGGACCACUACCAUGUUUCAGCCCAAGGCACUGAGAGGACAUGGGUGGACCUGGGACUCCUGGUUUCACACCUCUUCUGGAAAGCUAUGGAUCUCUGUGGAGGACUGUGGAAAGUCACGGGGAAGAAGGCCUCAAGUGGACACAGUGAACCCAGGGAAGUGGACCAGGCCUCAGGCCACCGUUUACAUGGGAACCCUGCAGGCUGUGCUGUGGAAUCCUGGCCCUCUUUAGGGACCUGGGUUGGGACCAAGGCAGGAGUUGGCGAGGCCCACCUGCCUGACAGGUCCUUCUGGUGCUAGGCCAUGGACUGCUGCAGCCAGCCGACUGUUUACCUGGUAACGUAGUCCAGCCCGUAUUUAUGUAAGAUAUUUAUGGGCAGCUCCACUUGCCAUUGUGGCCCUAGGUCAGCUGGAAGCUACCCCAUCUCAGAAGCUUGGACGCAGGCCAGCGGGCUGUGGGGUCUCCAGAGUUUUGUAAAGUCCUAUGAGUUAAAGACACAGUGGUGUCCUCGUGGCCUGGG